AUGCCAUUUCCGUCUCCCACGCGCCCUCCCCCCUCGUCGCCCUCUCACAAGCCGGCCCCUAGCCGCCCGAGACUACCGACCCCGCCACCAACCAACCAACCAACCCUAUCCCGAGAACCCGGACUGGCGCCUCGGCCGGACCAGCCAACGGGAGGGCAAGCGUCCCUGCAUCGCAUCGGCGUAACGCCCAGGUUCAUGCACGUCACUCCCCCACCCCGGCGGCGGCUCUGCGUGUCGUCCAUGCACACGAUCCCGGGGAUAGAUCCAGGCCAACGGCUUCGCGCCGGUGGCGAUCUACUUCUUCUUCCUCUCCUCCACGCAUCAUCGAUACCCAACUCAGCGGCUCCAUACACGUCACCCCGAUCGACGCAGGCCAACGGCUUCGCGCUCGGUAGAGUGACUACGGCCCACGUCCAUGGGCGCUAAUCGACAGGACCGUGGGGUCGGGCGUGGGUUAUCUUAUCUUUGCCGCUGAGGGGGUGGGGAAUGAAAUGGAAACAUGAAAUGUUUUCUGGGCGCUUAUUUGGAGAGCGAAAUAUACGGGAAACGAGGGGGUUGAGCCACGUCGGAGCCGAGGGGCUCGUUGGAGGGUGCACGCACAGAGCUCAAAGCUCGUAAAGGGGGAGACCUCAUGUGAUGUCUCAUGACUGAUGUGAGUUGUGCUACUGUUUAUGGGAUGAAUUAUGGUAAAGCACGUAAUAAUUGUUCAAUGAUUUGUUUUAUUUUACCCACAACCUAUUUUUUCGACCCCUUUUUUACCCCCUAUCCAUUUACAAUUUUUUCACCACCACCCCUUUCUUUUUUACAAACAAUAACCAGAGGUGCAUUCUGUGUUAGUCCUAUUGAGAACGAGGAUGCUCAUAGCAUUGCAUGUAACUUGAUUU